AUUAUGGGAAACAAUAUUCCUAAAGAUGCUACUUUUGAAUAUCAAAUAAUUAAUAAGUCUGGCACCAUUACUAUUACAUAUGAAGAUUUAAAAGGAAACUUCACAUUUCCAAAAAUGCCAAAUAAAAAAACUGUAGUCUUAGAAGAAUUUCGUAAAUUUCUGGAUGAAAUCAUAUUGCUUCCAACAGAUAAACAUAUUAUAGAAUAAUUACCUUUAAAAAUAAAGUGGAGAUUAAUCCAUAGACAUAAUAUUGAAAAAGAGAAACUAGGUGAUUUGAUUCCGCAUUUAGAGGAAUCUGAAAAAUCUGAAAUUCAACAUUUAGUUGAUGAAUGUAUAAGUAAGCCAUCAACAGUUGCACUUUAAAAUUUGUAGAGAAGAUUAGAAGAUCCAGAAGAAGAUGAAUGGAAUUAAUUUUAUAUAUAUCGAGGGUAUUUAUAUUAUAAAUAAAAAUAGAUUAUUUAAAUUAUUAGAAGUUUUAGAAUAAUGUGAAAUAAAUGCAAGAUCAACUAAAAAUUAUAAAUUAUGUGUAGCUUUUCUAAGAUUUAUAUAUUUUAUAAAUCAAUCAGAAUUUGGAAGUGAUGAUUUAGCUUCAAUACCUGGAGCAUUUAGAAUAAUAUUUGCUAAUUUUCAUCCUGUUCAUAUUGAAAUGAGUUGUCUGGUCUUAGAAAUCUUUGCUGGAGAAAAUGGAUUAAUUUAUAAGGAUAAUGUUGAUGAUAUUUUAGAAUCCUUUGCUUAUUAUCGUAAAGACCAUUCACUAAAAUAUAGACUUGAAGUCUUUGUUAGAACUGUAUAUCAAUCAGAUAAUAUUAUGAUGGUAGUCAAUAUUUUAGGGUUCUUACGAAAUAUUUAACCUCACAUAAAAAAUGAAUUAGAAACUUCUACCAUUGCUCCUUAUAAUUUUGCAUCUAUCCUUAAACUUAUAGAAUAAAGAAUUAAUGAAUAUAGUAUUGAUGCUUGCACAUAUGAAUCUAUUUAAAAUAAGUUAAUUAAAUACUAAGGUAUUGAGCAUUACUUUAAAUAAAAAUCACCGUUUGUCAAGAAUCCUAUUUUAUUAAAUGAUUCUCAUGAAGAAUCAUCAAAAUCUGAAAAUAUUUAGAUCACUCAAUUACUUCAAGAAAAUGAAGCUUAGUUUUAUUUAGAAAAACAUGAUGAAGCUUCAUUCCAAUUAUAAUAAUAGAGUAAUUAUAUUAUUUAUUUUAGAUCUUUUAUAAAUAAUCAAAGAAAUUCGUAAUUUUGAGUAUGAUACUGAUCGUAAACCUUCUAAAAUUAUUGAAUUUUCAGAUCAAAAGUUAUUUGAUAUAGUUAAACAACAAUCUUUAUAAUUAGAUUCAUAUGGUAAAUUCUUAUCUAUUUUAAAUUUCAUGACGAAUAUAAAAGUUCGAGAUAUGUGGGAACUAAGUGAAUAAUCUCUUUAAAGAUUAUUGAUAGAUGAGGAAGAUGAUGAAAUUAUUGAAAUGCCAAAACAUGAUUAAAUUUAUGAAGAUUAUGAGAAAUCACAAUAAUAAAUAAGAGAUUUAGAGAAAUAAAUAAAAUCUAUUAUUUAAGGUUAAAAAUAAUGUUAAAUGUAAUUAACUUAAAAGGAAUAAGAUAUAAUAAAAUUAAAUGAAAAAAUAACAUAAACAAAUUAAUUAUAAUAAGAAUAUAUAAAUUAAAAUGAAAAAUUAAAUAAAGAAUUAGAAACAUAUAAAUCUUAAACAAUAAUAAAAGAUGCAUAAUUAAUAGAUUAAUAAAAAGAAAUAGAGAAACUUAAAAAUGAAAUAAAAAACCUUGAAAAAUUGAAAUAAUCUAUACCACCUUCAAAUACAUAAAUACCAAUACAAUCUCUAAAUACUCUCUCUACUGCUCCACCACCUCCAAUACCUCCUCCUCCUCCUCCACCUCCAUUUAAAUCUGUUCCAUUACCUCCACCUCCACCACCUCCUAAAAUAGCACCUCCACCUCCACCACCACCACCUCCUUCAAUUAAAUAAGGUCCUCCACCUCCACCACCUCCUCCUAAUGCUCCUCGUCCACCUGGAGGUCCCCCUCCUCCACCACCACCACCACCUAUCAAUAAUUCUAAUAAUAAAACUAAUGGUCCUCCACCACCUCCUCCUCCACCAGGAGCUCCAAAAACAUCUGGAGGAUAAGCACCUCCUCCACCUACUUUUGGAACACCUAUUCAAACAUAAAAUUAAAAUACAAAAAUUAAAUAAAAUCCUAAUGUACCUAUGAAACCUGUCUAAUGGGCUAUCAUUACACAAAAAACAUAAAUUAAAGAUACCAUUUUUGAAAAUAUUAAAGAUUUAGAUGUUAAAUUAGAUAUUGAAUUUUUAGAAAAAGAAUUCUCAAAAAAAUAAUUAGUAUAAUAAACAGAUACAAAUUCUAAAUAAUAACCUCUUUAACCUUAAAAAAUAUCACUUAUUGCGCCUGAAAGAUAAAAAAAUAUGGAAUUAGUAUUAAUGAAAUUAAAAUUACCUCCAAAUCUUAUUUAUGAAGCCUUAAUUAAAUGUGAUGAAAAAAUCCUUACAUUACCUACAUUAGAAAGUUUAGAUGUAAUUACACCAACUGAUGAUGAAAUAGGAACUGUCUAAACUUAUGAUGGAGAUAAAGAAUUAUUAGGCAAUCCUGAAAAAUAUAUAUUAAAGAUUUCUCAAUUGAAGGGAUUCUCUAUUAGAAUCAAAGCACUUAAAUUUUCAUGUCAAUAUAAUGAAUAUGUAAAUGAUUUAGAUUCUCAAAUUACAUCACUUGAUGUCUUUAAUGAUUUACUUAAUAUGGCUUGGGUUACAUAAUUAAUUGAAUACUCAUUAGCAGUUGGAAAUUAUCUUAAUGGUUAAUCUGCCAAAGGAGGAGCUUGGGGUUUCAAACUAGAUUAAAUAGAAAAAUUAACUGAUGUUAAAGGAUAAGAUAAUAAAACUAAUAUCCUUUAAUAUAUUAUUAAAUAAAUUAAAUUUAAUGAAGAAAUAGAUUUAGAUAAAUUUGAUAUUAUUCCUAAAUUACCUAUAACUCAACUUAAUAGCAAUUUAACAGAAAUUAAAAAAGGAUUAAGUAUUGUAUCCAAGGCUAUUGAAUCCAAAUCUAACGAUGAAAAUGAUAAAAUUGAAGACGCUUUGAAAAGUGUUCAAAAUAAAUUGUAAGUCAUGAUUAAAGAUUUAGAAACUAAAAUAUAAAAAUUAGACACUGAUUAUAAAAAAACAGCUAAAUAUUUAUGUGAAAAUCCAGUUGAUCCAAGUGAUAAAUUUGGAGAAAAAUUAAUUAAAUUUUUAAGAUGCAUAAAAUAAUAACGAGAUAAAAUUAGAGAUGAAGAACUUAAACAAUAGAAAUUAUUAUAAUAAUAACAAUAAAAUACUAAAAAAUAGCAAGAAUAAUAAUAAUAAAAAAAUGAUCUUAUACCCACUUCUAUGAAAAGUUCAUAAACUAAAACUUAAACAAAUAAAAUGGUUAUACGUUCCAGUAUUUUAUAAGUACAAAGACCAAGCAUGAUGGUAAAUAAUUUGAGAAAAAAAAGUUAAUUCUAAAAAUUGAUUGGUUGA